GGAUUCUUUACUCAUUAAAAAAUACCUCCUCAUUCUGCCCUACGCUCUUGACCAUGGCAACUAACAUUCUAUUUUUCUUUCUCUAGUGGUAGGGCAACUCUAGGUAACUCACGUAAGUAGAAACACAGACUAGUUGCCUUUCUGUGUCCAGCUUAUUUCAUUUAGCUAAAUCACUUUAAUAAACACCCUGGUUAUUCAGUAGCUGUUUUCUAAUUUGCAUACUACUUUAUAUGCUAUAUUUUAUAACAAAUGUCCAGCUUUUCUUAUUUGACCAAAUCUUUUCCACUUAAGGACACGUCACUCUAGCAAAUUGUAAACUCAGAGAUCUUAAUGACAAUUUAGUCUACCACUAUGCUUGCCAUAAGGAGCUUUUUAUUGGUCUGCUUACUUUUAAGUGUCUUUAUAAUGUGAAUUAUUUUCAUUUCAUUAUAGUUUAUGGGCGCUAGACCUUUUGCAAAAUUCUACCUAGUACCUUAAUGGUACUAGGCAGUUAAUAACAGCAAACAGAACAACUGAGGCAGGAAUUAAACUUAUUUGGCCAGCCAGGAGAAAGGAAGUUAAUGGAUUUAGGAUGCUGAUAUGAAGGCUCUCUCUUGAUACUACGUACUUUCCCUAUCGAUAGAGCUGAAUUGACUUUAAAUUGGAGAGAACUGAAAACAUAGACACUUCUCUUAUUUCUAGCUGGGGAAAAGUCUGAAAGUUUCAGAUGGUUGGAAACUACUUGAGAAACUGUCAAGGGCUAGGGGAAUCCCUGGAUCAUUAGUGCUCUGCCCAUAAGUAGAGCAAUUCUGGACAAGACACUAAUCCUCUGAAGAUCUCAGUGCGUUAGAUUAGACCAGCUCGUUCUUCCCAAUCUUGUCCACAUCACAGCGCAGCACACCUGUAACCCCCCGGUGGUCGCCGUCCCGGCAUAUCCUUGUGGACGCUCUCAAGGGAGCCCUCCCAUCCACACGUUCCUUCCAGCUGACGAGCCAGGCAGUCUGUUACUGAGGACAAGCUGGGGUUCCCGCUGCUUCUGACGUCAGCAGCCUUUCCUUCCUUGUAAAAACAAAACAAAACAAAACAAAACUCCAAAGUCUUUUUUCCUUAAGAGGAGCAAGGAAUGAAAACCCUCAAGCCACGCAAUUACGCAAAACUCGAACUACCGCACUUGCCCAGCACGCUCUCUGCGAAUCUUACGUCUCUUCCCAGCAGGCUCCGGGAACCACCGCGAGACUUCAUUAGUUCUCGCGAGACUUAUCGGCAGCCAUCUUCUUGGGGGUGCUGGGAGCCGGGAAGACCCCCCGAAUCGUUCCCAUUCAGCUGCCCUUCGUCUUCGUUUUCUUCACUUUUGCCUCUUCUGCAUUGCCAGCAACACCCGGCCCCAAGGCUUGAGAGAACGCCCGGGUCUAGGCGCGUGUCGCGCUCUGGUCCAGGAAGAUUCGCAGGGGUGGAGGGAAGGGGGAGGGCCCGGGCAAACCGUUGCUGCCUCAGCCGGGGCCAGGGUCCGGGGAGGGGGAGUUCCUGACACCCCGUGGACUCGCGGCCUGCGGCGGUCCCCGCGGAACUGUUCGCUGAUCAGGGCUCGCGGGAACCUGCCACGGCGCCUCCCACCGCGGCCCACGCGGGCGGCGCGCGGAGGAGGGGGCGGGGGCAGCGGCGGCUGUAGCGGCCGCGACCUGGGCGGGCGGAGGAGUGUGACGGGCCUCGGGGCCGCUGUGGAUGGUUUCUAAAAUGAUCAUUGAAAACUUCGAGGCACUCAAGUCCUGGCUCAGCAAGACUCUCGAGCCCAUCUGUGAUGCAGAUCCAUCAGCCCUGGCAAAAUAUGUUCUUGCUUUGGUAAAGAAAGACAAAAGUGAAAAAGAGUUAAAGGCCUUAUGUAUUGAUCAACUGGAUGUAUUUCUUCAAAAAGAGACACAGAUAUUUGUAGAAAAGCUUUUUGAUGCUGUGAAUACAAAGAGUUAUCUACCUCCUCCAGAGCAGCCAUCAUCAGGAAGCUUAAAGGUAGAAUUUUUUCAGCACCAAGAUAAAGAUAUAAAAAAAGAAGAGAUCACAAAAGAGGAAGAGCGAGAGAAGAAGUUUUCUAGAAGGCUAAAUCAUAGUCCUCCUCAGUCAAGCUCCCGAUACAGAGAAAAUAGAAGUCGUGAUGAGAGGAAAAAAGAUGAUCGUUCUCGCAAAAGAGAUUAUGAUCGAAACCCUCCCCGAAGAGAUUCAUACAGAGACCGGUACAAUAGAAGACGAGGACGAAGUCGCAGUUACAGCAGGAGUCGGAGUCGAAGUUGGAGUAAAGAGAGGCUUCGUGACAGGGAUAGGGAUAGAAGCAGGACUAGAAGCAGAAGCAGGACACGAAGCAGGGAAAGGGAUCUGGUAAAACCUAAAUACGACCUGGAUAGAGCAGAUCCGUUAGAAAACAAUUAUACUCCAGUCUCUUCGGUACCUAAUAUUUCAUCCGGCCACUACCCAGUACCUACUUUGAGCAGCACUAUUACAGUAAUUGCUCCUACUCAUCAUGGUAAUAACACUACCGAAAGUUGGUCUGAAUUUCAUGAAGACCAAGUGGACCAUAACUCAUAUGUAAGACCACCAAUGCCAAAGAAGCGGUGUAGAGACUAUGAUGAAAAGGGUUUCUGUAUGCGAGGAGACAUGUGCCCUUUUGAUCAUGGAAGUGACCCAGUAGUUGUAGAAGAUGUCAAUCUUCCUGGUAUGCUGCCUUUCCCAGCACAGCCUCCUGUUGUUGAAGGACCACCUCCUCCUGGACUCCCUCCACCUCCACCUAUUCUUACACCCCCACCUGUGAAUCUGAGACCCCCAGUGCCACCACCAGGCCCAUUACCACCCAGUCUACCACCUGUCACAGAUGAUAUUUCUUAUUCUUUGGUUUUGACAGGACCACCACCUCCACUUCCUCCUUUGCAGCCAUCUGGCAUGGAUGCUCCUCCAAACUCUGCAACCAGUUCUGUUCCUACUGUAGUAACAACUGGCAUUCAUCACCAGCCUCCUCCUGCUCCACCCUCUCUUUUUACUGCAGAUACAUAUGACACAGAUGGCUACAAUCCUGAAGCCCCAAGCAUAACAAACACUUCCAGACCUAUGUAUAGACACAGAGUACAUGCACAAAGACCUAACUUGAUAGGACUAACAUCAGGGGAUAUGGAUUUGCCACCCAGAGAGAAGCCUCCUAAUAAAAGCAGUAUGAGGAUAGUCGUGGAUUCAGAGUCAAGGAAAAGAACCAUUGGUUCUGGGGAGCCUGGAGUUCCUACAAAGAAGACUUGGUUUGAUAAACCAAAUUUUAAUAGAACAAACAGCCCAGGCUUCCAGAAAAAGGUUCAGUUUGGAAAUGAGAAUACCAAACUUGAACUUAGAAAAGUUCCUCCAGAAUUAAAUAAUAUCAGCAAACUUAAUGAGCAUUUUAGUCGAUUUGGAACCUUGGUUAACUUACAGGUUGCCUAUAAUGGUGAUCCUGAAGGUGCCCUUAUCCAAUUUGCAACAUAUGAAGAAGCAAAGAAAGCAAUAUCAAGUACAGAAGCAGUGCUAAAUAAUCGCUUUAUUAAGGUUUAUUGGCACAGAGAAGGAAGUACCCAGCAGUUACAAACUACUUCUCCAAAAGUAAUGCAGCCUUUAGUUCAGCAGCCCAUUUUGCCUGUUGUGAAGCAGUCAGUCAAAGAGCGGUUGGGUCCAGUACCUUCAAGUACUAUUGAACCAGCAGAAGCCCAGAGUGCCAGUUCAGACCUUCCUCAGGUGUUGUCUACAUCUACUGGCCUAACAAAAACGGUAUAUAAUCCAGCUGCUUUGAAGGCUGCACAAAAAACCUUACUUGUUUCCACCUCUGCAGUUGAUAAUAAUGAAGCACAGAAAAAAAAACAGGAGGCACUGAAACUUCAGCAGGAUGUAAGGAAAAGGAAACAAGAAAUUUUAGAAAAGCACAUUGAAACACAGAAGAUGUUAAUUUCAAAACUGGAGAAAAACAAAGCAAUGAAGUCUGAAGAUAAAGCAGAAAUAAUGAAAACUUUAGAGGUUUUAACAAAAAAUAUUACCAAGUUGAAAGAUGAGGUCAAAGCUGCUUCUCCUGGACGCUGUCUUCCAAAAAGUAUAAAAACCAAGACUCAGAUGCAGAAAGAAUUGCUUGACACAGAACUGGAUUUGUAUAAGAAGAUGCAAGCUGGAGAAGAAGUCACUGAACUGAGGCGAAAGUAUACGGAAUUACAGCUGGAGGCUGCAAAACGAGGGAUUCUUUCAUCUGGCCGUGGUAGAGGAAUUCAUUCAAGAGGUCGAGGUGCUGCUCAUGGCCGAGGCAGGGGUCGAGGUCGAGGUCGAGGUGUGCCUGGUCAUGCUGUAGUGGAUCACCGUCCCAGGGCUUUGGAGAUUUCUGCAUUUACAGAGAGUGAUAGAGAAGACCUUCUUCCUCAUUUUGCGCAAUAUGGUGAAAUUGAAGAUUGUCAGAUUGAUGACUCUUCACUUCAUGCAGUAAUUACGUUCAAGACACGAGCAGAAGCUGAAGCAGCCUCCCUAUUCCCUGAGGGAAACAGCAUUGAAAUGAGGCCAUUUGAUAACCUACAGUGGCCUUCAAAUGUUCAAGUGAAAGGAAGAGUCACACAUCUCUCACUUUAAGUCAGAAGCUAGAAAUAAGGCUGCAGUUCAUGGAGCUCGUUUCAAAGGGCAGGAUCUAAAACUGGCAUGGAAUAAACCAAUAACUAAUAUUUCAGCUGUUGAAACAGAAGAAGUUGAACCUGAUGAAGAGGAAUUUCAGGAAGAGUCUUUGGUGGAUGACUCAUUACUUCAAGAUGAUGAUGAAGAAGAAGAGGACAAUGAAUCUCGCUCUUGGAGAAGAUGAUUUGACUGAUCAUUGAUCUGCAUAUGCUAGAACUCUACCUGUGUUUCAUUAGUAUUACCUAAUGUACUUUUACAUAUUUGUAAAAACAAUUUUUGGUAAAAAUGUGAUGAAGAUGGAUUUCACAAAUAGACAAAAGAGAAGAAAACUACCUUCUGAAUCCUGUAUUUUGAAAGAUUGAUGUUUGCGUUUUAUUUCAGUAAACAAUUGCUAAAGACAUCACACUAGAAACAUAUGCAAUGUUUUUAUUACAUACUUCUACUGAACAUUACAAAAUUCUUUGGGUUCUUUGUAAUUUAAUGAAUAGAUAUGAAGACUUAAUGACCAAUACUUGUUAUAACUUAGAGGAUUUUGUUUUACUCCAAAUAAGGAAUGAAUUUGCAUUUAAAAUCUUAAUGAAUGUUUUCAAAAAUGAAUAGAUAACAUAGUACUCUAACUAAAGUCUCCAAGUUAUGUAUUCAUAAUUAUUACAUAGUAGUAUGCUUAGGCUUUACUAUGUAUUAGCCUUUUGUUGGACUUGUGUAUGUAUUUUACAUAUGGGUUUUAAUGAUAACGGUGUAUGACUGCUUUGCGUUUGAGUCCUUAUGCAUUCAGAUGUUAAAAAUAAAGUGGAAUGGUCUCUUGAAAAGAAAAGAAAAGAAAAAAAAUGACAAAAAAAAAAAAGACAAUGUUCCUUGAUUUAAAAAAAGAAAAAAAAAAAAAAGAAAGAAAAAAAAAGUUAAAUAGACCAUUCCAGAUGGUGAUCUACCCUUCCCCCCAGUGAUCACAAAAAAAAGGAGCUAUAAUCACUAACUUAUUCUCAAAAACAAUAAUGGUUACUGGUACCUUUACAAUAAUGUACAAGCCAAUGUUUAAAAUUUAUACCACUUCAGUUUGGUUUGAUCCUAUAAACUUUCAACAGAUGUCUUAAAAUUUAAAAGCAGGCUGAUUAGUUUGGAACCAGACUUCAAGUAGAGCUAACAUUUGGUGAAUAAGAAAACAUCACAUUACAUUUUGGAUGUAUGAAAGAAAACUUGACCAUUUGAAGAUGUAUGAAUAAAGAAAUGUACUAUAGAUACUACUUUAGGAAAACACUGUUUGGUAAGUGUUCCAGUCUGAUAUUUUAAGUGUGCAUAUCCUAUACUUGUAUAAAAAAAAUCUUUGACAUUUGCAACAGUAUUGUGAUUUUUAAGUGGAUUUCUCUGGCAAGUGAACAUGAUCAUUGAAAGUUGAUACAGCAAUUUCCAGGAAAUAAAUGCAUUCUUUGUAGAGUGGAGGGUGGGAGAUAACAUAUUUAUCUUUUACAGUUCAUCGUUUUGGUAGCAAGUGUUUCUAUCAUUCUUGAGAGUAUAGUAGUUAUAUUAAAAGUCACAUUAAAAAAAAAAAUCACUUUCUUCCCAUACUGGGUUCCUCACAAUCACAACUAAUUCUACCACCAUAGUCUUCUGCCAGUGGAGCAACUGGUGACACUGUUCCUCUUUCUUUUCUUCCCACACUUAGUGUUACAGUUGUAUAUAUAUGUUCCUGAUGGUAAUACUAUUUCAUAGAAAUAUUUUGGUUUGCAAUUGGUACACAUAUUAAUAUUUAAAAUUUCAGAAUCAGAUUUCUCUUAUCAAAAUAGUGACUUACUCAAAACUUUACUAUAGUUAGAUCUAUGAUAUAUUUUUAUGUAGUCUCUUGUAUGUUGACUGUGUGCUAUUCUGAUUCAUUAGGUAAGUUUGUUUUCUUUUCUUUUUAGUAGUCGUGAAAGAUGCCAAAUUGGCAGAGGCUCACGUUUCUUCUCUUUACACCAAACAGCAGAGAGAGAUCAUCAUUGCCUGAAUUUAGCUUUGUGACUACAACAGCAAGAUCCUGUUCCUGUCUGGAGACGACUGUUAUAAUAAUAUCAUCCUAUUAUUUAAUGUUUGCCCCUUAUCAAUUUGAAUAGAUGUUUACAUGUACUAUAAUUAGCAUUUUAUCUUUACAGUUCUUAUAGGGUACAUCUGAGUCCAGAAGUAAAUCUGAGUGUGCUUUGUCUGACCUUAUUCUUAAAUAUUUUCUCCCCUUUAUAGCCAUUUAUUUUUAAACUCCCUAAGAAGGGGAAAAACAAACAAACAGCAUUCUUGGUUUCCUAACAUAAGUUUUUAGUCUCAGUCAAGUUGAAAAUGUGUCUAGGAAAUCUAUAAAGCCAUGAUGCUUUGUUCAUUAGCAUGAACAAUUUAGAAUGAAGAAAAUGAUUAAAAAGUUAAACCUCAGUUUGGCUUUAAUUUUUCUGGAUUUUAAGAUACACAUCUGGAAUUAGGGUAGUCACUUAAUUUUGAACAGUGGUAAAAUACUUUUUUUCACGUGGUAAUAACUUGCCUAUUUCUUCUAAAUAAUUAAAGUCAUUGCCAAGGUCAUUUAUCCAAAUAAUUUUUUUAAACUUCUUAACUCUUCAAAAUCAACAAAGAGAAUAAUUUGCUUUUCAAGUAGUACAGGAUGAUCUAUGGAUUAUAAAUACUGAGAAAUAUGUGUAAAAUGUCUAAUUUAUGUAGGUUUUCCUUAUUUUCCUCACUUGCAACCAAGACAUCAAAGACAAUCUUAAAAGCAAGGGGAAAUGGUGUUGUGUGUCUAACAUUGUUAAAGACGUAGUUUUCCUGUCUUAAAAUGUAUAUGUCCAUAUUAUUUAUUUAUAAGCAAUAUGGCUUGGAAUUAUUUAUAAAGUGUGAUUAAAUUUAAUUCUAAAUAUUCAUCCAAAAUAUCCUCUUUAUAAAGGGCACCGUAAAGUUUUCAGAAAAUUAAUUUCUUAGUAUUCCUUCAUAGAUUCUCAUUAGCAUUUGAGAAGUCUGUAGACUUGAUAGCAACUCUUUUGAAAGUCCAAAUUAUACUUGAUCCUAUUCACCCUUGUUCCUAUGUUGGUUUUUUUAAGUUCCAUUCAGCCAUGCUCAUAUUUUCACCCCUUUGUGCAAAGUUGACUAUUCUGCAAGCACUUUUUCUUGAGUAUGCAUCACAUUUGUCUUCAUGAAAAAAAGAACGAACACAUCAGACACAAUGUAAAUUAUCUAUUUUGAUUCACAUUAGUUGUAAACAGCAUGGUUCAUGAAGGCUUGAUUUAAAGGAAGAGUAUGUAUUUGGGAAGGUCUUCUUAACAUAAUUAUGACCUUGUAGCCUACAGGCAUAUUUUUUUUUUUCCACUUGUUUUUUACUCUGGAAUUCAGGGGACAGUACAAGGCAUUUUUAAAAUUAGACUUUUGUUUUAGUUCACAUUUGCAAACUAACAAAUAGCCACAGAGAGUUCACAAAUGUUUUUCCAGAUUAGUUCAGUAUUUUUUUCUUUUUAAGGAAAGAGUCUCUGCCUGUGUUAAUAGAAUAGUUCUAAUCUACUAGGUUUAAAAACCCAAAGAACAUUCUCUGAAGAGACCAUACUCUGUUAACGGUUUUGGCUGGUUAGUGGAUGUGGAUCACGUACCACCACUCUCAGUUUUAUUUUGUCUUCCCUUUUUUUUUUUUUUCCCUUGCUUUUAAAUUAAAAACAAA